AUGAAUCCCCUGACGAACACCAAGAAUCAGAACAUUCUCAAUGAACGAGAACUGCGCCUGGGUUACACUGGGACGCUUAGCUCCUGGCACAGACAAUAUAAAGACUCCGCCUGGAUUUUCAUCGGUGGCUUAAAUUACGAGUUAACCGAAGGUGAUCUGAUCUGUGUAUUCUCACAGUAUGGUGAAAUAGUGAACAUCAAUCUGGUCCGAGAUAGAAAAACUGGCCAAUCUAAAGGUUUCGGCUUUUUGUGCUACGAAGAUCAGCGUAGUACUGUCUUGGCGACGGAUAAUUUGAAUGGGAUCAAACUUGCUGGUCGAGUGAUUCGUGUAGACCAUGUGGAACAGUACAAAGUGCCCAAAGACGGAACUCUGGAUGUAGGCGUGAAUGCUGGACGAAAAUCGAGCAAACGUGCGACAGUGCCGGAUGAUCCAGAUGCCGUAGCGUCGUUCGUUCGUGAGCACGGUUGUGGUCCGGAAGUAAUGAAACAGCUACAGAAGCUUCAAGAAGAACAAGCAAAACUAGCGAAUGAGAAAGCCAAGCGCAGAGCGGACCGUCACACGACAGAUAAAUCCUCGGGUCAUUCACGACUGCCGAUAAGACGUGAUUGGUGUCCGUCUCCUCCUAGACAAAUACAAGAUUCUAGCCCAUCCCCGCCUAGACGAAAAGGUAAUUCAACCCCAUCUCCUCCACGUAGAAGACACGAUUUGAUUUCUCCACCUCGACGGAGACGCGAUACGACUCGAUCACCUCCACGACGUAGACAUGGUUCUACUCCAACACCACCCAGGCAGCGGCAUAAUUCAGUCUCUUCGCCUCAACGGAGAGAUGACUUCAGUCCAUCCCCGCCUCGACAGAGGCAGAAUCCGACUGCGGCGAUGCGUGAGGAGCGUAAUACUUCUCGUUCAUUUUCGGAUAGAAACGGAAAAUCCAUUCCACACAUGAAGCAAGAAUCUCCGUUCAAUCCGCGUACUGAUCGGUCUUUUCCUCACGCACGAUCUGAUCGUAGAUGA